CUAAAAAGCAAAUUGCACUGGAUUUCUGUCAAAAAUUAAUUCUUUAAAUUUCGCUUAAUUAUAUAGUUUUCCUGUAAAGAAAAUAAAUAAUUAAAGUAAAGAAUCUACCUAUAAUUAAGAUCACAUUUCACCUUCAUUAUGGCAUGUGCAACUUUAAAACGUUCUUUGGAUUGGGAAGCACUUAAUCAGCGUCCUACAAAGAGGAGGCGCUGUCUUCCAUUUGGAGCUAAUCCAUCGUCUCCAACCACAUCGACUAAAAUUGCUGAAUCAUCCACAGUCUCUCCAUUUCUUGAAGCAUCAUCGUUAGCUCCAAAAUUAACUCCAGAAAAAAUGGCUGAAAAUAUUCGCGAGGAAAUUCGUCGAUUACAUCGCAGAAAACAAUUGUCAUUUAAUAAUUCAGUUCAUGAAUCAAUGCAAGACUCAGAUACAUCUGGAAGUGAAAUGGGAGCAGAAAGUCCGCGACGUCCUGAUACACCACCGACUGCUAUUAAAAAUCCAGAUAUGGCUUUAUUCACAUUUAAGCAGGUACAAAUGAUCUGUGAACGCAUGUUGAAAGAAAGGGAGGAAAAGCUUCGUGAACAAUACGAUGCAGUGUUAAACAAUAAAUUAGCAGAACAGUACGAUGCGUUUGUCAAGUUUACUUACGAUCAGAUACAGCGUCGCUAUGAAGCUGCUCCAAGCUAUCUCUCCUAAUCAUCGUUUUUCUUUUCUCAAAAUCAUCACAUUUGUUGGAGAAGAAGUGUGUGUAAGGAAUGGAGCUGAUUAACUAUAUCGAAGACAUGUGUGUCAUAAUAAUAUGAUUUCUUUCUUUUUUGUUUACAUCAAACAAUUUUUUUGCGCAAUUAAUCUUAGAUUUAAAAUCAUAUUUUCUGAUUUUUUUAUGUUUAAUUUGUUAGAUUUUUUCCACAAGAUUCAUAAAUUUAAAAAAAAUUCUUUAUCUUCUUUAUCUCGUAACAUAAAGAUACUUUUAUACAAUUUUAUAAAGAGAUAUAAGAAGUUCAUGAUUCUUUUUGGUCAUUUAUUUGUUAAGGAAGUUGAAAGCAAGUGAAAAUAUGUGUUUAUGAUGAAAAAACAAGGCUUAAAACUAUCAUUUUUGGAAUUUUCGAACCUAGUAACUAUGGACGAGAUUUGACUAGAAGCUUUUCUUAGCCUUAGAAUUUAAAAAUUCUAAUUUUUUAUGAUCAAUUAAUUGACUGGUUAUUUACGACAUAUUAUCAAUUUGUCUAGUUUAUAUACAGGAGGAGAUUAGUCUCAACUCUUGAUUUAAAGCAUUAAUUAUCAUAUUUGUACUGAAAUAGUGAGUACUAAGAUUUUGUUGUAACGGGUUUUGUCCAUAGUUAUUAGGAAUUAAACUAAAAAUAUAUUUAACAUUUCAAUGAUUCUUAUACGAAAUUAAAAAAUAAUAUAAGGAAGAAUGAGUAAUAAUGAAUAUCAACUAGUAACACUUUCGAGAAAAAAAAUCCUAAUUAUCCUUUUAAUGAACAUAUAAAGAUACUUUUAUAGUU